AUGCGAAUUCUCUGGCAUUUCAGUCUUCUUUCCAUUGGUGGACUGGUCGUCAGCCAAAGGGUCGAUCUCAGUAAUUGCCCUUUGCUGGGACCAGCCUACCCUCUUCCAGACCUCCAUAAGUCACAGGUGAUCAAAGAUACCAAGGAGUCAUUCGCCAAACUCAUCAAGGAUGCGAUCUCAACUGGCGAAACCGAAUUAGGCAAGAUAAACACCGCCACUGCGUCAUUUUCAAUUGGUGUAUUCUCUGCAAUUUCGGACGAGUUCCUUUACGAGUAUCAUCAUCAGGGAACCGAGCUCAACGGGACGAUAACUGGGGGCACAUUGGACUCGGACACGCUGUAUCGCAUCGGAAGCGUCACCAAACUAUUGACUGUGUACACUAUUCUCGUCAAGCUGGGCCCCAAGUACUGGAACGAGCCGAUCACCAACUUCAUCCCGGAGCUUGCUGACGCACCAGUAGGGCACCGGGCGCAUCGGACGCAAUGGUCUGAGGUGACUUUGGGAGGUUUGGCCAGCCAUAUGAGUGGUAUCGCACGCAAUAAUCACUUCGUCGACCUAUCUGGUAUGCCUGGUAUCGAGGACAUGGGACUCCCUUACCUGAACGAGUCCGACAUCAUCAAGUGCGGUCUGCCGGAGAUGCGACCUUGUACCAGAGAAGAAGUCCUCAAUUCCUUGCUGGAGCAGUAUCCCGCUACGGCAACCUGGCACACCCCAGUGUACAGUAAUGAGGCCUUUCAGCUCAUCGGGUGGGUGUUUGAGAACAUCACAGGUGGCUCCGUAGGAGAUGCCUUCAAGACCAGUGUUGCAGAGCCUCUGGGUUUGUCUCGAACAUUUUGGGAUCCGCCCAAAGACGACCCCAACGCCAACGUUGUUGAACUCGCCCCGUCGGCGAUCAAGUCGUUGAUAGGCUACCCUUUUCAGGAGGGAAUAGCCUCAUAUACCCCGACCGGCGGCGUAUAUUCUUCCUUGGGCGACCUUUCUGCCAUCAGCCGCUCCAUCCUCGCAUCGUCCAUCCUACCCCAAGCAGCAACCCGCGAAUGGCUUCGACCGGUAACGCAUACCCAGCACACCCACAGUGCCGUCGGAAGACCAUGGGAAAUCACUCGGAUGGACGUCGCCGCAGCUCCCGGGUCAAAGCACACUCGGCUCGUGGAUCUGUACACCAAGAACGGCGGCAUCGGGGCCUACUUGACCUACCUCAUCCUCUCGCCCGACCACAACAUCGGCUUCACGCUCUUGGUGGCUUCCAAAACGGCCUACGGCGAUGGCGUACCCGAUUCUACAUUCGACGUCCUCAGCGAGUUGCUCUUGGAGCAGUGGAUUCCCGCCGCCGAGGCCGCGGGCCGGGAGGCGGCAGGUGAGGACCUUGCUGGCACUUAUGUAGCCGACGACGGAUCGGACUCCCGGGCCGAGUUGUCGCUCGUCCCCGGCAGAUUUGGCCUCACACUCCAGAAGCUAGUGCUCAAUGGCACGAACUUCUUUUCAGAGGUGGGCAGGAAACUUGGGUUUCAGGGUGCCGAUCUACAGUUCAUAGGACUUCAAGACCAGGGCGAAGUCGCGUUCCGAGCCGUGUUCUCGAAUCCUGAUGAUGCGGCACCGUCACGUCGGGAGCCCAUACUGGGAAAGAAGUGCGGAUCGACAUGGGGAGGUGCUGGGUCGCUUACAUACGGCAACAUUGCCAUAGAUGAGGUUGUUUUCACUAUCGAUGAUGACGGAAAGGCAACCAGUGUAAGCUUCCCGGCGCUGCGCGUAAAGUUUACCAAGGAAUCGAGCAAGACAUCUGUCAGAGUGGAAGAGAAUAUUGUCUUUGAAGAAUUAUGA